AAUAAAUUAAAUAACCUUUAAUUUGGUAUUUAGUUUAUUGAAUUUAAUGGGGGGAAAAUUUAAGCAUACCUGGCUACAAGUGCAUGGUAUCGCCCUUUUUUUUCUUUUUUUUUUUUAAAGAAAAUUUAUACACAAAGGCUGUCUCUUAGUUUGUCUUUAGUUAUUUUUCAAAAGUUUCAUAUUUUUUUGGUUUUUUGAUAAUGAAAGAGAAUUAUUCAUAGAAAUGUACACAUAAAAUAGUAUAAGAGGGUAAUUUAAAAAUAGAGGAUGGAAUUCGGUUAUUACUAGAGUCCAGAAGUUCAGGCAAAAUGACAUAAAUGCCCUUUUCAGCCUUUUUAAACGUUUUCUUCUGAAAAUGCCUUUUUCUUUCCUUUUGUUCAUAAAUGCCUAUUUCUGUCUAAUUUAAAAUUUUUCUGCAAAGCUUUUUGUGCUUUUGACCGAGCAUAAACGCAAAAUGAAGAAAUUUUGAAGUACAGAAAUGGUUGACUGUCAUCCGAUGUAUUGUAAUGCAUUUAUAGAGAUUAGGACUUUAUUCCUUUUGUCUUAUUAAUAUUUCCUCUCCAUCUCUUCGUGGCGUCACCUUCGCCCGAUGUGCUUUGCAAGGAGAGAGAAAGGGAGUGAGAAGAUUGGAGUUAUUUUUACUUACAACCAAUAGAAUUUAUUCUUACUUACGGCCUAUAUAGCCUACACCAUCGAAUAACUCGUAUGCUCUCUUAUCUACAAAACGAAUUCACCAAACUGGUUGAGCACAUUGUAGCAGGAGCACGAAAUUGUUUUCUAGUACUAGUUAUUUCAAACAUGCCUAAAGUAAAAGCCUGCACAAGCAAAAAACUGGACAGUUUUGUGAAAGAGUUAGGGUCGGAUGUGUUUUCUACUGAUGGGAGCAUUCUGUUUUGUAAGGCAUGCGAGAAGUCAGUAAAUUUUGAGAAGAAGUAUUUUAUAUCUCAGCACUAGGAGACAUCUAAGCAUAAAACAGCAAAGGAUAAAAAAGAUAGGAAAACAACGACCCCGAUUCCCACCUGUUAUCAAUUAUCUUCUCGCGAAUCUGAAUUUGCAAUGGAUUUAUGCAGAUCAUUUGUAGAUGCUGGCAUUCCGUUGUGGAAACUUGAAAAUAAAAGCAUACAAGCUUUUUUGCAAAAAUAUACGAAUCAAAGUGUGCCCUGUGAAUCAACUUUAAGGAAAACUUAUUUAGAUGACUGUUACACCGAAAUUCUUAAAACUAUUCAAAAUGAAAUCGGAACGAAAAACAUAUGGCUAUCUAUAGAUGAAACGACAGAUGUAACUGGACGAUAUGUUGCGAAUGUUAUUGUUAGUGUUAUGGACCCAUUUGAAAAACAUAAAAUCUUUUUGUUGACAUCUGAACAGUUGCCAAAGACUAACAGUACUACAAUUGCACAGUUGUUCACUAAUGCAUUGGCUUUACUUUGGCCAAAUAGUACUAAGCAUGAAAGAGUGCUAUUAUUUUUUACAGAUGCAGCCACCUACAUGAAAGAAGUUACUCGAGUCCUUACCAGCUUUUCGAAUGAAAAGGCAAUAUUCAUAAGUAAAAGUCUUCUUAGCAGUUCUAAAAUAAAAACUGAACUGACUUUUAUUUCAACUUAUUUUGGGAAGCUCCCUGGAGCUAUUGAACACAUGGAAAAAAGAAAUAUGUCUUUGUCCGAGUCACUAAAGAUUUUCGACAGUACUAUUGAAGAACUAAUGUCUGUGCCUGGACCAGCUGGUGACAGAAUAAGGAAGAAAUGUGAAAACGUCAUUUCUGCAAAUACAGACUUUGAAUGCAUCAAGGACAUUGCAAAAGUACUUUGCGGUGAUACUACAGUAGAACUUACCAUAUCUCUUACCAUGGCAAGUUGUUUUAGGUACGCACCCAUAACCUCUGUUGAAGUAGAAAGAUCCUUCUCUUUGUUUAAAACUAUAUUGACUGACAGGAGACAAAAUUUAUCUUUUGAAAAUUUGAAAAAGCAUCUAGUUGUGCAACAGCAACCAAUUAUCAGAAUAAAUCUGCAUACAAUAUUAUUGUAAGUAUGAGUUUUCAAUUUUUAUUUCACACUUACGCAGUUUAGGGUUUUUUUGUGCAAUUAUAUCCACUUCUUUUGUACUAUUGCUACGACAGUCGAGUAAGAUGAAUAUGUAGGUAUACCGGAUACUUCUAGCAACUUUUUUUAUACCUUGGAUACCCAUAUGGGCUUUUAGGCAUUACCAACUACCAUUUUGCUCCAAUUUUAAGUGCCUAUUUCAAGCUUUUUAAAUGCCUUUUUGCCUACCUAUUUUUGCAUUUUUUAUUGCCUGAAAUUCCGGGCUUUAGUUAUUACAUAAUACAAUGGAAAGUCCCACAUCCGGAAUUGUUGGAUCUUCAGCAAGUCCCGAGACUAGAUUUUUCCGAUUAAUAGGUCUUUAAGGUAAACAAGCAUCCUCAUUCAAUAAAAAAUAAAAGAAAGGAGAUAAUUAACAUUAAUUCCAAUCAGCAAAGAAAAAAAUUUAUGUGGUUGCGCUAUUUUCGCAACAAAUUUCUACAUAGUUUUUAAAAUUGCAAUACUUUAAUAUGCCAUCAUAAUAUACUGCAAAUUCCAUUGAAGAUGGCUUUGGAGAUUGUUUUGCUCGGCAAACUUCGAAUUGCACAUUUCAUACUCAAUUAAUGGCAAUUCCAUGUGGAUUUUCAAACGUAUCUUUGUCAGUUAUUCCUACAGAUUUUUAUAGUUUUUUAAUGG